AUUUUAAUGUCUGAAAACCCACAAAAUAUUACCAAUGAAGAUGUAUUCGUGGCCAGCCUCCCUCUGUUCAAAGAAACCAGCUAUGACAGCUUUGAGAACUGAAGGGAUCUUGAAGGCUUUCCUCCUUCAUGAGAUCUAAGCUUUCCAUUUUCUUUUGAGAAGGAACCCGUCGAUAGCUUCUUUGAUGGGUUGGCAAUAAUGGAAAAUUCGUUAAAGGAAUUCACCAGCAAGCCAGAGUCUGAUAACAAAGUAGUUUUCUCUUUUAGUACAGAAGAGGUCUCGAAGAAUACUCCUGACAAGGAAUUCUCCACUGUGACCCAUUCUCCUGUUGUUGUGUCAAAGCAGGUUGGCUUUGAGCAUCCAGCCAAUGAAACAUUGGUGGUGAGAAGAGUUCCUCAGACCAGAGCCAGGAGCUCCCUGAUGGGCUCUGAGGAUACUCUUGUAAAAGAGGAUGCAUUCUCCUUUGGAAACAGAGCCAGAUUUACCAAAAAGCAUGACAGAGGUAGGUCCUAA